AGUCUAGAGCCUCAAUUCCUGCCACUAUUUAUGGUCAAAUUCCUCGAUGACAUGGACAGGGAAAAGCCAAACAAAUUUACCUCUCAGCAACUUAGGAUUGCAACCAAUAAUUUCAACACUUUGCUUGGUUCAAGCGGUUUUGGAUCAGUCUAUAAGGGGAUUUUUAGUAAUGAAACAAUGGUAGCAGUGAAGGUUCUAAAUGGGACCUCUGAUAAAAGAAUAGAGGAACAGUUCAUAGCAGAGGUGAGUACCAUUGGGAGAACACAUCACUUCAAUCUAGUUCGACUUCAUGGGUUUUGCUUUGAGAAAUGUCUGAGAGCUCUUGUUUACGAGUACAUGGGGAACGGCUCCCUUGACAAGUACUUAUUCAAUGACAAUAAACUCUUAGGAUUUGAAAAGCUUCAUGAGAUCGUGGUUGGGACAGCUAAAGGUAUUGCUUACUUGCAUGAAGAGUGCCGGCAGCGUAUAAUCCACUAUGACAUAAAACCAGAAAACAUCUUGUUGGAUAUGAAAUUCUCUCCCAAAGUAGCUGAUUUCGGGUUAGCCAAGCUUUGUAAUAGGGAUAAAACUCACAUAACAAUGACUGGAGGAAGGGGAACUCCUGGUUAUGCAGUACCUGGGCUAUGGAUGCCCUUACCGAUUACUCAUAAAUGCGAUGUUUAUAGCUUCGGGAUGCUUCUAUUUGAAAUCAUAGGAAGGAGAAGGAACCUUGAUGUCAAUCUUCCGGAGAGCCAAGAGUGGUUUCCUAAGUGGGUAUGGAGUAAAAAUGAGAAACGAGAAAUGGGGGGGUUGAUGAUAGCAUGUGGGAUUGAGGAGAAGGAUAGAGGGAUGACAGAGAGGAUGGCUAAGAUAGCUCUCUGGUGCAUUCAGUAUAAGCCUGAAUCAAGGCCUUUGACGAGCAUUGUGGUGAAAAUGUUGGAGGGACUAGAUGAGAUUCCAACGCCCCUAAGCCCAUUCCCAUUCUUGUCAGUGGAGGCUAGUAAUUUGAGCGGUUUUGAUUCAGUUUCCUCUCAUAUGGUAACAGGUUCUACUUUUGUAACUGGCACUUCUAUCAUGAGGAAACAUGAUAUCGAAAUAGCCUCUAACUAG